AUGUCCGAGGUUCGUGCGUCUCACCUACUCGUCAAGCACCAGGGCUCCCGGCGCCCCGCGUCCUGGCGGGACCCCGAGGGCGCGGUCAUCACCAAGCGCUCCAAGGCUGCGGCCCUCGAUGAGCUCGAGGCGUACCGCGAGCAGAUCGAGUCCGGUGCCGUGACCUUUGCCGACCUCGCCGCCAAGGUGUCGGACUGUUCCAGCGCGAAGCACGGCGGCGACCUCGGGUUCUUCGGUCCCGGGAAGAUGCAGAAGGCGUUCGAGGACGGAGCGUUCGCGCUUCAGGUGGGUGAGAUGUCGGGAGUCAUCGACUCCGACAGCGGCGUGCACAUCAUCCUCCGCACCGCGUGA